UCCAACCAAACAAUUUAUUAAAUUAGAUUUAAAUUCAAAACAUUCUCCACAGCAAACAACAACUAAAUAUUAACCCUAAAUAUUAUCGUUAAAAGAAAAUAUUGUAUGAAAAAAUAAAUAAAACAUAUAAAAAAGUAAAAUUACUACUCAUGGCCAUCGUUCUCGUUACAUAAAUGCAAGGUCGGCAAAGACAGCAUUGGAAAUGAAAUGGGUGUGCGUAACUGCACCUAUCGUUCACUUCACUACAGGAAAGGAAGCUUUGGCGGAGGUGACGAUGGAGAGGAGGGGAGUUACCACUUACCGGUGAUCUCUUUCACUACUAAUUUUUGAGUUAGGUGGGAGUUGCUCGUCUGCACUCUGACCAGUUUCAAUAAAUUGCACCCAACGCCCUUCAUCCCCCCAAUCAAUUCACUUUCCGCUUUUCAAAACCCCCGGCCCCACCACCUCUCCGAUCACCAACCGCCGAUGACAUCCCAUUUCUUUAUUUCUUUCUCUUUCUUUACUUAUAGACAUGCAAAGAUGUUUUGAUUAGAGCUCAAGUGAACCAAGAGAGCCAUGGGAUACUCCGCCGUCGUCAGUUCCGAUGGGCCGGUGAGAAAUGCUGCUGAUGAAGUGUCAAGAAUCGUCGAACAAAGUAAAGAGUUGCAGGAUUCUGCAACAUCCUUAAUUUCUCGAACAUCUGAGGAGGAAGCAUCCCUCCGACAGCGAGCUCUAGCUCUCCGUUCGAACAUCAAAAUGCUCCGAUCAUUCAUCGCUUCUUCCCUCAAGAAAGGCAAUUUAGAUCCUAAGAAUGCUGCAAAAAUGAUUGAAGACUUAACCAGAGUUAAUUUUGCAUUAAAUGAAGGUGAUGCAGCUGCAUAUCUUCCCUGCAAAUCCCAUGGACGGUUUUUGAGGAUGUUACUUGGCCCGAUAAAUGUUCGUGCUAACAGAAAGGACGUUCAACUGAAAGUUAAAGAGGAGUACAACAAUUUCAGGGAUACAACUGCGUAUCUGUUUCUUCUUUUUCCAUCAUUGCUACUGGUACUACGAACAUGGAUGUGGAACGGAUGUUUUCCUGCAUUGCCUGUGCAGCUUUACCAGGCAUGGCUACUCUUUCUCUACACAGGCUUGUCAUUCAGAGAAAAUGUACUCCGGGUUAAUGGAAGUGAUAUUCGUCCAUGGUGGAUUUACCAUCAUUAUUGUGCUAUGGCUAUGGCACUCAUCAGUCUGACUUGGGAGAUAGAAAGGGAACCUGAGUGUGCCCAGAAGCAGAAAGGGAUACAAUUGUUCUUAAAAUGGGCAAUCAUGCAAGGAAUCGCGAUGUUGUUACAAAAUAAAUACCAAAGGCAGAGACUCUAUACACGUAUUGCACUGGGAAAGGCUAGAAGAAUGGAUGUUGUUUGGGGAGAAACGGCUGGAGUAGAAGGUCAAUUAUGGUUCUUGUGUCCUAUGCUCUUUGUGUUGCAGGUUUUUGAAGGUUACGUUGGUGUUUUAUUACUAAAAACUGCCAUGGUUGGUGUCAUCUCUGAAUGGCAGGUUGUAACCUGUGGAGUUCUUUUGAUCACCAUGGCUGUUGGGAACUUUGCAAACACAGUGGAGACUCUUUUAUUGAAGUCCCGAUUCAAAGCAAAAAUGAAAAAAGGUAAACAAACAGAAAUCUAGUCAUGGAUCUUAGUUUCUGUUUCUUCUAGUUGUAUCAGAUUACGCGUAUAUGUAGACAUACUUAUCCAUGAUUCUUGGGUAUAACUUGUUUAUGAGAUAAUUAAGUUUGCAGUUGAUUUAAACGAGUUUGUUAACGUUGAUGGUUUUUUGGAAGUUAUUAGGUAUGGUAGGGUGGUUAUAUAUGCAUGUAUGGGUUAGACUAUUAGACGAUGGUGGGGUUAGGUCUUGAUUGUUGGGACUCAAAUAGUCAAAUGUAAGGUAGGUGCGAGUCAUGUUGAGUUUGUGUGGUUUUAUUAAUGAAAUGGUGCAAGUUUGGUAGAAAGUAAAUGGGGAACCAUUUGGGUCCAUGUAUAUGGUACACUAAGGUGAACCAAUGUGGAUCGAGAAGCCAACUUAGAGAGUUGAAGAUACUUUGGUUAAGCCCAAUUAGCCUACAAGUACAUUGGCAAGGUCACUCAUUGGGUGGACCUAUGCUCAAGGCCCAAGGUGAUAUCUCUUGAAACAUUUUUGUAGUAUUUCACUAUUUUAUAGAAGAGAGAAUGAAAUGAAUAAUAAUUGUAAUUAUGAUGAUUUGAAGUAAUUUUGAAUUUUGAUUUUUCGGUGGAAUCUACGAAAAUAC